AUGUUCAUUUGUUCCAAGCACUUCCGGGAAUCCGAUUAUACCAAUUCUACUCCAUUAUCGUCCAAUAGUCAAAAGCGGCUCAAAGCAGGAGCUGUCCCCAGCACAAGAAAUCCAUCUUACCGUCUGCCUGAGCGUCAAAGAAAUCAGCGUCGGAUGGAUAGUGCUACUUCUCCGCUUAAUCAAUCCGAGAACCAGACCGCAGGAGAUCGUAUAAACAGUGCGUGCAGGACAAAUGAAUUCGAAGGAACACCGAGAAAGCUGUAUGAUAUGGAGCUCCAUAUUAAAAAACUAGAGGAACAGCUGCAAAUAAAGGACAGCACAAUUUCUGCACUGCAAGAACAGAACAUCCUGCACAAAAACCGUGUUUAUGAAUUGGAAAAGCUUACACGCGGCCUCAGAGACAUUGGUGAACAGAUCGUGAUUGAUAAAGCUCGCGCAAUGCUGUCCUCGAAAUUGACCAAAAACCAAUCGGAUUUGAUGCUAGAUGUCAAAAAACGUGUUAAUUGGACUAGUGAGGAACUGUCACAAGGAUUUUCUUUGCGAUUCUUCAGUUUGCCUGGGUAUGACUACAUCACCAAAACUCUUGGAAUGCCGUUUCCACGGCCGAGUUGUCUCCGAAAGUAUGCUUCUAAAAUGGAUAUGAGGCAAGGAUUUUUCGACGAAGUUUUACUGAUGCUAAAAGCUAGAACACAGAACACAGAACAUGUCCGAAUUCGAUAA